AUGGGCGGUGCUUGGGCGUAUACCGAGGGCUAUUUCGGGACUGGAAACGGGAGUUACCCUGGAGAUGAUGCUGAUUGGUUGGGCGAGGGCGACUGGGGUGGUGGUGGUAUGAUGGGCGGAGGGGAGGGGUGGAUGAUGGGCGCACAUGGGGCGCUGGGGAGGGGUAAUGGUGUGGCGGAAGCGGUCGUGCCAGGGCCGGGCGCGAAGGUGGUGGGGAAGAGCGUGCUAAAGGAUUUUGAAGGAGUGCUGACUGAAGGGAAGAUCACUGCUUUCGAUGAAGAUACCAAGAAAUACACAGUAACAACACAUACUAACAUUGUGAGUAACUAUGUGGCGGGGAAGAGCAUGCUGAAGGACUUCGAGGGAGUGCUUACUGAAGGUGGGAUGAAUAAAGCGAAGCACCGGCAUGGACAUGUCUUGCCUCAGCGCCCUCUCUAUUGGAAAUGCUGGUGCGGAAGGGCGUGGAGAGCAUUCUGGUGGUGGGGGAGGAUAAUUACAUACCAGGAGGACAUGGAGGAGGAGGAGGAGGAGGAGGAGGAGGAGGAGGAGGAGGAGGAGGAGGAGGAGGAGGAGGAGGAGGAGGAGGAGGAGGAGGAGGAGGAGGAGGAGGAGGAGGAGGAGGAGGAGGAGGAGGAGGAGGAGGAGGAGGAGGAGGAGGAGGAGGAGGAGGAGGAGGAGGAGGAGGAGGAGGAGGAGGAGGAGGAGGUGAUUGAGGAGUAUAAAUCGAUUGUUGAUGUUCUCCUUUUCCCCCACACGCCCGCAGGUGGAAUACAAGGGCACAGAGCUCUCUUUAUUGGAAGUGCUGGUGUGAAAGGGCGUGGAGUGGAGAGCAUUCUGGUGGUGGAAUAUGAGGGCACGGAGCACUCACUUCUAGAAGUGCUGGUGUGGAAGGGCGUGGAGAGCAUCUUGGUGAUAGGAGAGGAUAACUACAUGCCAGAGGAGGACAUGGAGGAGGAGGAAGAGGCGAUUGAAGAGGGGGAUACGGCAGGGGAGAAGGUGGUUGCUGUAAUAGAGACUCAAGAGCCAAGGGCAGGUUUGGGAGGGGCGUUAGGCGUGACUGAAGCAGCAGCGCCUCAGGUGGAAACAGCAGCGCCUCAGGCAGAAAUAGCAGCAGCUCAGGUGGAAACAACAGCGCCUCAGGUGGAAGCAACUGUGCCUCAGGCGGAAACAGCAGCGCCUCAGGCGGAAGCAGCAGCACCCCAGGUGGAUACAACAGUGCCUCAGGUGGAAACAACAGCACCUCAGGUGGAAACAACACCUCAGGAGGAACUGACAGUGUCUCAGAUGGAGGUAACGGCUUCACAGAUGGAACUAACUGCAUCACAAAUAGACAUGGCUUUUGAGGCAACACGCAUGGAGGGGAUGGAGUCACGUAAUCAGCAGGCAACUGAUAUGGAUGAGACAGUAUUAUCACAUAAUGAAGCAGCUCAUAUGGAGGUGACAGAGUCACAAAUUGAUGCUGCUCAUAUGGAGGUAACAGAGUCACAGAUUGACGUAACCGUGUCGCAAUUUGAGGUAACCGCGUCGCAGAUUGAGGUGGCGAAUGCAGUGAUGGAGGAGAUGGGUAUGGAUGAGGCGACUGUGGUCGUGGCCACUGGAACAACUUCUGAGGUGCCAGUUCAGGUGCCUGAUCAGGUGUCUGUUCAGGUGCCUGCUGAGGCGCCUCAAAGGAUGGAGGAGAUGGGGAUGGAUGAGGCUGUGAUUGUGGCGACUGGAACAGAGGGCGGGGAAGGAAAGGUCGCAGAGCAGGGUGGAGCGGAGGCAACCAAAGCAGAGGAAGCAGGAGCAGCAGUGACAGGGGCGGGAACCGAGGCACCUUUAGCAGAGGCUGCGGCUGCAGCAGAAGUAGCAGCAGAGGAUAUCACUGGAACUGCUGCUGGGGCUGAGCCUGCAGCUGUAGCGGAGGGAGUACCUGCAGCAGCAGAGGCUGAGCCGGCGGCUGUUGAGUUUGCAGAGGCUGGGCUGCCACAGGCUUAG